AUGUAUGCACAGAUUAUUCUGGUGUUCGUCGUUCUCUACAUUGACUCUUUCAUAACAGCUGCACCAUUAUCAAUUAAUGAUCGUAUGAACAAUGGAAAUGUGAUAUCAUUGAAAAUUGAAAAUGCCGAAACUGGUCAAGCUAUUCCAUCAACAAUGCAUGGUAUUAUUCUGGAAACAAAUAUUAAUCGAGACGAUGAUGGUGGUUUGGUCGAUCUUUGGAUGGAUAGUCAAUCAUCGAUAUCUCUCAGUAACGAUCAACCGUUAACUAGCGCUCUACCAGUUCAAAUGGAGUUUUCAAUCAAUACUCCUUCAGCUGCAGCAUCUGGUAUUAGAAACGGUGGUUUCUAUGGAAUAAAUCUUCUAGCUCAAAAUUAUACAACAACCCUCUUCGCUCGAUCAUUGACAGGUUCAGAAGUGUCAGGCGGCAAAGUGAACUUCGGCUUUAGCGAUUCGAGCGGUCAAACUAUUUAUGGUCAAACUACGAUAGAUGCAAUCAAAGCACCUGUGAAUACUUGGUUUUAUCUUACAUUCGUUAUAACGGUUUCCACUGCUGCUCCGACUACAAAGAAUUUUUUCUUUAUCGAAUUUCCAGAAGGUACUCAAGGUGACUUUGAAUUCAAUCUGAUAUCUUGCUUUCCAUCAACAUUCAAUAAUCGACCAAACGGAGCUCGUGCCCAACAAUAUCUGAACGCUUUAUUUGGAAUAACACAAUUGGGUUUUUGGAGAACCGACCAGGGCGACCAGGAUCUUGGACUGAUAGAAAUAUUAGCUUUCGCUGAAGCUAUUGGCGCAACACCAGUUCUAGCGGUUUAUGCUGGUUACUCACUCGAUGGUAAACCCGUACCGCGGGAUCAGCUACAACCUUACACCGACGAAGUAAUCAAAGAACUAGACUUUCUAACUGCGUCAGCAGAUGAUGAUCAAAUGGGUGCUCUACGCAAACGUUUAGGUCGAAGUCAACCGUUUGACAUUCGAUAUGUUGAGAUUGGUAAUGAAGACUUUCUUGGUCCUGUACCGAGUUCGUAUGGUUACCGAUGGACUGCUUUUCAUAAUGCUCUCUCUCAACGAUAUUCCUAUAUCACAUUUAUUGCAACAACAACUGGCUACAUCAGUCCGCCACCAACUGUCGAUGAUCAUGACUAUCAAGUGCCGUUAUAUUUUUUAGAAAGAUUUCGUCGCUAUGAAACUGUGCCACGACCAGGACCCAAAGUACUCGCUGGAGUAGUGAUCAAAUCAACUUCAUAUCUCGCACAAAAAAUGUUUGGUGAAAAUCUUGGAAAUUUUAUACUGCACUCUACCGCUGCAAAUAAUACUAUGGAACAUCAAUCGAUCCGGAGUGGACAGGGGGGCGAUGGUAAACUCGGCAAUCUUUAUUUUGUUGCAACAAAGCGCAUCAGUGACAACAAACUUAUUGUUAAAUUAGCUAGUGUAGAUGAAAACGAUAUUCUUGUUAAAGCUCAGAUUCAGGGUUCGACAAUCUCAAAUACAGAUGUUGCUUACAUUCUAACAGCUGGUUCAGGCGUCAAUCCUUCGAAAGUACAGAACACAUUCACUAAUCCCAAUGCGGCAUCGAUUGCUACAACACCAAUAUCAGUAACGAACGGUGUUUGGUCAAUGACUAUUCCGUCUUGGAGUGUUGCUGUUGUUACUCUUUCUGUAUAA